CCCAAAAACCGGAAUUAGCGUUCUGAUGGUGGCUGCUAGUGCUGGUCAUACGGAGAUAGUCCGCUAUCUUCUAGCCGAAGGUGCACCAUGGAAUGCAGUAGACCGUGCGUACAUGUGCGCUGGAGACUAUGCUGCAAAGCAUGGUCACCAGGAAUGUGUUGACGUGUUACUGGAUCAUGCGGUUAUGUCGGAACUGCUCUUGUCGAUUACAACAGCUUCGGCAGAUAGUUCCAAUACGGCCGAUCCAAAUGUCGCCCAGGGUGUACCAAUGGAGUCUGGUGUAUUCCACUCAUCCGGACCCAACGGGCCACCUCACGAAACUCUGAACGCUUCCUAUUUAGCAAGUCGGUUGGAAUACUCUGAAGAUGGUCAUCGUCUAGUGGACAAGGACACACAUCUGGCUGUAAUGAUGGAUUGGGAGCGUCCACUCAUGGCUCGUCAUGCUGCGUGGAUUUGUCACGCGGACGCACACCCUGUGACACCCCUCAGUAUUCGGGUUCUAAAUGUCGGAUUUGGAAUGGGUAUCGUAGAUGAGGAAAUCCAAAAUUACAAACCAUCCUCGCAUGUGAUCAUCGAAGCGCAUCCGGAGGACCCAAAAACCGGAAUUAGCGUUCUGAUGGUGGCUGCUAGUGCUGGUCAUACGGAGAUAGUCCGCUAUCUUCUAGCCGAAGGUGCACCAUGGAAUGCAGUAGACCGUGCGUACAUGUGCGCUGGAGACUAUGCUGCAAAGCAUGGUCACCAGGAAUGUGUUGACGUGUUACUGGAUCAUGCGGUUAUGUCGGAACUGCUCUUGUCGAUUACAACAGCUUCGGCAGAUAGUUCCAAUACGGCCGAUCCAAAUGUCGCCCAGGGUGUACCAAUGGAGUCUGGUGUAUUCCACUCAUCCGGACCCAACGGGCCACCUCACGAAACUCUGAACGCUUCCUAUUUAGCAAGUCGGUUGGAAUACUCUGAAGAUGGUCAUCGUCUAGUGGACAAGGACACACAUCUGGCUGUAAUGAUGGAUUGGGAGCGUCCACUCAUGGCUCGUCAUGCUGCGUGGAUUUGUCACGCGGACGCACACCCUGUGACACCCCUCAGUAUUCGGGUUCUAAAUGUCGGAUUUGGAAUGGGUAUCGUAGAUGAGGAAAUCCAAAAUUACAAACCAUCCUCGCAUGUGAUCAUCGAAGCGCAUCCGGAGGUUCUGCAACGAAUCGAAAACGAUGGUUGGAUGUCAAAACCAGGUAUCCAAGUCAUUCGUGGCCGUUGGCAAGAUACCGUCCCGACACUUGCUGAGGAAAUUGAAUGCGGCAAAUGCGAGCCGUUUGACGGGAUUUUCUUUGACACCUAUGCUGAAGACGAUAUGGACUUGCGUCAGUUCCACAGCUGGCUCCCCAAGUUGCUUCGUCAGCCCUAUACAGGGAGCGAUGGAGAAACGAAGACCAGUCGAUAUUCCUACUAUAAUGGCGUGUGCCCAGACAACGUAUUUUUUCACGGAGUCGCCUGUGAAACGAUCCGGUUGCAUUUGAAACGGCUCAAUCUCGAGUGUAUAUUUGACCCGAUAUCCGUGGAUGUUUCUGACCCGAAGCUCUGGAAGGACUUAUCUCGUCGUUAUUGGUACUUUGACACGUAUUUUUUGCCCAAAUGUACGUUCCAACCGGAGUCA